AUGUUCUUGGCGCUGGAGCAAGUGCUGACGCUGUUCCGCCGCAGGAGGCAGGCGACGCUGCUUAAGCAGAUCAAGCCCGCGGUGGAGGGGAUGUGCGGCCGCUCCUUCACGAGGCAACACCUCGCGCAGAUUGCUUUCGUGCAGCCAGACGCGUACAAGCUUUCCAGCAAGACGGAUGCGCGACCCACCCGGGGUGGCUACCGGCUGAGAGACAUCUUCAUCGAGACCGGGCCAAGCCCGCCGCCGGCCGAUGAAGCUUGCCUCGAUGAUGACACGCAGGGCGCGAGAAGAGAUAGGGUAGGAAAGGCCCCUGCGGCUGGGAAAGGUGCGGUUGCCGGUGCGGAUCGCGGUGGACGUAACGGUGGAGACACCGGUGGCCGUAGCAACGCGGGGGGCGAGGCCCUGUCGGCGCGAAGGAGGGGCAUCUUCCUGCGCCUGCUGGCGUCGGCAAGGGCGAGACACUGCAAGUGCGGCGGCAGCGAGGGCAUCACCAAUGAACCUAGCGCUCCGCGAGACGAGUGCUCCUGCCUGCCGCAGGCUCCCCUCCCGGACACGAGACCUCUCCGGGCGGAUGGCAUCAGCGGCGGCUCUCGUGCUGCUGCCCACGCCGGGGGCGCCGCAGAAUCACCGUCGACGAGCCAAGGGUUGGAGAGGUCCCCUGUUGAUGGCCGUUGUGGUGGUGGUGGUAUUGGUGGCAACCUGUUGCCGGGUACCUCCCGAGGGGGAUGCGUGGCUUCCGGGAUGAGCGGUGGCCGUGUUGACUAUGACGAGGAAGGGCCGGACGCUCCGAAGAACUUGGAAGCCUUGCGGGAGCGGCUUCGGCAAAAAGAUGCGCUGAGCGCCAAGGAGCGCAACAAAACCGCGGAAGAGAAGGAAGCCGACAGGAGGCGUAAGGGAAACCUCCCCGCCAUGGCGGAUGCCGUUAGGUCCUACUUCGCCCACGCAGGCCGGACAACCUGCUCCCUCGACGUGCUGAUGGAGGCCCUCUCUAGCUCCAGCAAGCAUGCGCUGUCCCGUAAGGAGGCGAGGGAUCGAGUUAGGAUGCUGGCGAGCAUUGUUCCAGAAUGGUGCACGAUUAUUGCACCGCCCGCGCCCUUGGCGGGCGGCGGCGGGGGGAUAGAUGGCGGGCUGGUGGCGCGGCCGAUGAAAGGCAAGGACGUCGUGAGGGUCAACACGCGCAUACGUUUCGAUGAGGUGCGGCAGAUGAUCGCGUUUAUGUCCGGCAGCGCUGCGAGCCAAUGAGGAGAGGAGACCACAGGACCACACCAAAACUGCUAUUUUGGCCGGUUGCCUUGGUCUGGUGGGUAUUUAGCGCCCGGAGGUGGGGGUUGGGUGCGAUUUAACUCCGGACUGACUAUCAACAGGUUUUGCAGCACGUACUUCGAGGCAGGUACUUAGCCGUAGGUAUUCAGCGGUACGUAGGGUGUGAUGUGUCCAGCGGCCGGGCUGAUUGUCCCCCACAACUCCUAGCUAGCGCAUUUUUGAGGGUAAAGCGAUAGAUAACGGGUUUCUUGGGAAUCCCAACGACUACAGAUGGCGCCCGCACUUA